GGGACCCGGCGCUCCGGUGUCCGCACCGCCCGGCCAGGGAAGGGCUGCCGGGCUGCGCUGCGGAGCCGCGCCGAGUUCAGAGUCUCUCCGCGCAACUUGGGUUACGCGGCCGGACCUCUGCGGACUGGUGCGGGGCUUCCAGGGCGCGAUUGCCUUUGCAUCGUCUCGCGGCUGCAAAAGCAGAUUAAUUGACUAAACCCAACAGAAAUAAAACAAACUCAGGCUACCUAAAAGUUAGGAUACCUUUUUUUCCCCCCUCGUUUCUUUUGCAAUUUUAUUCCCUAUGUGGAAGUCGCGUGUGAUUCGUGCUCGGCACACUGCAUGGGAAGAAGCGGCUGGUGCUUUGGAUCGAGGAUUUGCUGUUGCAAAGCGGUCUAACUUCCAUGCAGUGGGGCAGCCUUCACUACUCUAAACGCCUUGAUGAUGUGCUGAGGAGCCCGUGUAGAUUGGCAUCUUGUGCAGAGAAGGCACUUAAGCUACUCCUGGCAUUCUACACAAAUACUCAUUAGUCAUUCUGGAGAUGGACUUGCUGUCUGGAACCUACCUCUUGGCAGUCUUGUUGGCCUGCAUCGUGUUCCAAUCUGGCGCACAGGAGAAGAAUUACACCGUGCGGGAAGAACUGCCUGAAAAUGUCCUCAUUGGCAACCUGCUCAAGGAUCUCAACCUAACGCUGCACCCCGACGUGCCCCUGUCCUCCCCCCUGCAGUUCAAGCUGGUGUACAAGACUGGGGAUGUGCCCCUGGUGAGGGUGGAGGAGAACACCGGGGAGAUCUUCACGGCUGCCAACCGCAUCGACCGCGAGAAGCUGUGCGCCGGCAUCCUCAGCGAGAGCCGCUGCUUCUACGAGGUGGAGGUGGCUGUGCUGCCUGAUGAGGUCUUCAGGCUGGUCAAGAUCAGGUUCCUCAUCGAGGAUAUAAAUGACAACGCCCCCCUUUUCCCCUCCACGGUGAUUAACAUCUCUAUCCCUGAGAACACAGCCAUCAAUUCCCGCUACUCUGUCCCGUCUGCCAUCGACCCGGACAUCGGCGUGAACGGCAUCCAGCACUAUGAGCUCCUCAAGCCCAAAACAGCUCCGAAAAGGACAUUUGGAUCCAUUACAAAUGACCAGGGUCAAAAUGUAUUCGGUCUUGACAUAACUGAGACACCUGAGGGAGAUAAGUGGCCUCAACUGAUUGUCCAGCAGAUCCUGGACAGGGAGCAGAAAGACACCUAUGUGAUGAAAAUCAAAGUGGAAGAUGGUGGGAGCCCCCCAAGGUCCAGCACUGCCAUCCUGCAGGUGACGGUGACCGACGUCAAUGACAACCGCCCGGUGUUCAAGGAGAACGACAUCGAGGUCAGCGUGCCCGAAAAUGCCCCCGUGGGCACCUCCGUGUCCCAGCUCCACGCCACCGACGCUGACCUGGGCUCCAACGCACAAAUCCACUUCUAUUUCAGCAACCAGAUCUCCAGCCUGGCCAAAAGGCUCUUUGCCAUCGACAACACCACGGGUCUCAUCACCAUCAGGGAGCCGCUGGACAGGGAGGAAUCUCCUGUGCACAAAUUGACUGUUCUGGCAAGUGAUGGCAGCUCCACUCCCUCCAGAGCCACGGUGACUGUUAAUGUCACAGAUAUCAAUGACAAUGUCCCAUCCAUAGACACGAGGUACAUCAUCAACCCUGUGAAUGGGACAGUGCUUUUGUCUGAGAAGGCUCCCCUCAAUACAAAAAUUGCUUUGAUAACGGUGAUGGACAAGGACGCGGAUCAGAAUGGGAAAGUUACCUGUUUUACAGAUCACGAUGUCCCCUUCAGGCUAAAACCAGUCUUUGAUAAUCAGUUUCUCCUGGAGACAGCCACCUUUCUGGACUAUGAAGCCACACGGGAAUAUGCCAUCAAAAUAGUGGCUUCAGAUUCAGGGAAGCCUCCCUUAAACCAGUCUGCAAUGCUCCUGAUCAAAAUUAAAGACGAAAACGACAACGCCCCGGUUUUCACACAGCCCAUCAUAGGCCUUUCCAUCCCUGAAAACAACGCUCCUGGUACUCAGCUAACCAAGAUCAGUGCCACAGAUGCUGACAGCGGGCGGAAUGCUGAGAUCAGCUACAUCCUGGGUUCUGAUGCACCCCCGAUUUUCAACCUGGACCGCCGCACAGGCAUCCUGACAGCGGUGAGAAAGCUGGACAGAGAAAAGCAAGACAGGUAUUCUUUCACUGUGCUGGCUAAGGAUAACGGGAUGCCACCUUUGCAGACCAAUGCUACCGUGACGGUGUCAGUGCUGGACCAGAAUGAUAACAGCCCUGCUUUCACACAUAGUGAAUACAAUUUCUAUGUGCCAGAGAACCUGCCCAUGUAUGGCACAGUGGGGCUUAUCACGGUUACGGACGCUGACGCGGGAGACAACGCUGCGGUCACCCUCUCUAUCUUAAAUGGUAGAGAUAAUUUCAUUAUAGAUCCACUCACUGGUGUAAUAAGGCCUAAUAUUACCUUUGAUAGGGAGCAGCAGGGGUCAUACACUUUCCAGGUGAAAGCAGUGGAUGGAGGAAGACUGCAGCGUUCCUCAACUGCCAAAGUGACCAUCAAUGUUGUUGAUGUAAAUGAUAACAGGCCUGUUUUUGUUAUUCCCUCAUCUAAUUAUUCCUAUGAGCUUGUCCCAACGUCAGCCAGCCCAGGGUCUGUAGUCACUAAAGUCUUUGCAGUUGACAAUGACACGGGAAUGAACGCAGAGCUCCGCUAUAGCAUCAUAGGUGGGAACUCCAGGGGCUUGUUUACCAUUGACCAAUUAACAGGCAAUAUUACUUUGAAAGAGAAGGUAAUUGGAUCCGAUCAUGGCUUGCACAGACUGGUGAUCAAGGUGAAUGACCUGGGACAGCCGGAGUCUCUUUACACGAUAGCUCUUGUGCACCUGUUUGUGAACGACACCGUCACCAACAGCUCCUACGUGCAAGAGCUGGUGCGUAGGAACAUGGAAACUCCAGUGGGCCAGAACAUUGGGGAUGGUGAGAUAACCCCUCAGACCAAUGAUUAUGUCAAGAUCAUCAUUGCCAUUAUUGCAGGCACCAUGACAGUUAUUCUGGUAAUUUUUGUUACCGCUUUAGUCCGGUGCCGCCAGACGCCCAGGCACAAGGUUGUCCAAAAAAAUAAGCAGAGUGGUGAAUGGGUUUCCCCCAACCAAGAGAACAGGCAGAUCAAGAAAAAGAAGAAGAAGAAGAAGCGCUCUCCAAAGAGUCUCCUCCUCAACUUUGUGACUAUUGAAGAGUCUAAGCCUGAUGAUCCUGGCCAUGAGCACAUAAAUGGCACUUUAGACAUUCCCGUAGAGCUAGAAGAACAGACUAUGGGAAAAUAUAACUGGGCCACCACACCAACCACAUUUAAACCUGAUAGCCCAGACUUAGCAAAGCACUACAAGUCUGCUUCUCCACAGCCUACCUUUCAAAUUAAACCUGAGACUCCUGUACCCCCCAAGAAGCACCAUGUCAUUCAGGAAUUGCCUCUAGAUAACACCUUUGUGGUGGGCUGUGACUCACUUUCCAAGUGCUCAUCCAGCAGCUCGGACCCUUACAGUGUUUCUGAAUGCAGCUGUCAAGGAGGCUUCAAGACCCCAGGCCCCAUACACACCAGACAGCUCUGAACGCCAUCGCAGCUGAUGUUAUUUCUGAAGUCGUACGUGUACUCAGUGAUGUUAAGCCAGCAAAUAUGAGAACAAGGAAAUAGCACGAGAAAGCCCUUUGUCCUGGCUCUGGUUGCUGAAGAAAUGCCUCAUCUCCAGAGGGGUGUGGAAGUGACGAUGAACUGUCCAAGCUGCCCUACUGAAAGGUAUCAAGGGCAAGGAUUUUUUUUAAAAAGGAAAAGACAAAGAAGUUUUAGUACGUUGUGCUAUAGUGUUCUAUAACGUAGUUUUGCUAAGAAAAAUAAAAGUAAUGUGACCCAUCCUUCUUCACAGUUGGUGAUUAUGGUAAAUUUAUUUUGCUUGUAAUCAUCUUCUUGUCCCGAAAUUUUUAUUUUUUUUUCCCACUUAUUUAUUUUAGUUGAAACAAUUAGGAGUUUUGUUUCUAUGAAUAUAUUAAAAGGGAGCAAUAAAUUUUAUUCAUAUGUUUAAAAGAGAAUGUAAAGUUCUUUAUACUCCCUGCAUUUAAAAGAAAAAAACAAAUGAGUUGUUGUCACUUAUAGCACCAUUAUACAUGUUAAGAAUUAAGUGUUAUUUAUAUCUAUUCCAUAAUACUUUUAAUGAUGAUAUUGCUGCUAUGGAUCAUAAAUAGAAAUGAUCAAGUCACUGCUUUCUCAUUUUCUAGGCACAAUAGUAGUAGUGAAAUCUAGUACUUCCUGCUUUCUUAUCCACAACAUUUUGUAAUAAAUGGUCACCUUUUCAAUAACUGGAAAGCAUUCACAUAACUUUUAAAAAGAAAAUUUAAUUUGCAUUUUGCUUGCUGAAGUCUAGAUAAUGUCUAUUUAACAGGUGCCAAACAUUUAACCUUUUGAAGUAUUUUUAUUUAAAAAGAAAAAGUCAUAACUCCAGUGGCUUGGUUUUCAGUUUAAUAAAAUAGGAAAUAGUACACAUAAUUUUUUUCACUGUUAGCCAGCACAUAGGGGUAAAAUGGCUUUCUAUUGUUUGUUAUUUUUCCCCCCUUAUUCUUCUGUAGAGUUGUUUUGUUUGUCUUUUUUUUUUUUUUUUGGUUGGUUGGUUUUUUUGUUUGUUGUUUCUUUUUUCUUUCUUUUUUUUUUUUUCAAUUAAAGUUUUUUUAUAUUACCAUUUGUUAUUUAGCACGGCUCAUUUACAAAAUAAAACUUGAGUAUCAUAGCUUUGUUUGAAGGUUGGUUGCAAGUUCUUGUAUAUUGCCUCACAUUUUAGGGAGUAAUGCUUAAUAUGUAUCAUCUAUAAUAUUAGAAUUUCAUAUGCAAUGCAAAAUCUCUUAGGAAGCAAAGGAGUAUAAAGAACCCUGUUUUCUGCACUUAUAUGAAGACAUGUAAUAUUAGUUUGCUAGAAUAAAAUGAAAUACAGACACUGCUUUUAACUGGGAUGUAUACAGUAUAUAGAACUUUCUUUUAAAGAAAAAAAGUUAUUAAUGAUUCAUGGAUUAGACUACAACAUGGAAUUCUUACACAUUACUGUAUGUUUGAUGUAAAGAUAUUUAUAGGCUUGUACUUAAUAAUCACGUUGCCUCAGUUCUUGGACUGCAGAAUGUCUACCAUGACUGUUGCCUAUAGUUUGCUCCACAUUUGCUAUCUGGCUCUUUUAAAAAAAGAUGUGUAUUUGGCUAUUUGAUCUGUAAAAUAAAUUCUAUUAAUAAUGAAGUACGUAUUGUAAUUCAGCAUAUUGUAUUGCAUAAUUAUAGCUAUGACUGUUCCAGAGAGUUUUUCAUUUCCAAUGACGGGAUCAUUUCCUUGGGAAGAAGUUCAUGUACCUGUCAGACAGUUUUGCUGUUCCUAUUUUUAGCAGCCUUGCAGCAUUUAUGCUUCAAACUGAAACCUCCAGCACUCCCAGUGGUCAGACAUGCAGUGACUUUUAUUGACUCAGUGCCACAGUUAAAUUCAUUUAUCCCAGCAGUGCUGUACACAGGAUUUUGCUUGGUGCUGCUGCAGCUGCUUGUGGAGGUGUUCCCUGGGUGGAUGAUGGGAAAUUCAGUGAUGUUUGGGCCUCACUCAGAGUGCUUUGUCAGGCAGACAGGAUGAUUUCACAGGCUUUGAGUUUCUGCUUUUACUUUGACUCUUUGGAUUUCUGUUCUCACGAGAAUCAGCUUGGAUUUCCUUUUUGAUAAAACCCCUGUACAUGAACUUAAUGCUUGAUGAAGACAAACACCAAAUAAUUUCAAUGCUUACAUUAAAUUUUUUUUCUUUUUUUUUUUUUUAAAUCAAGGGAUACUGAGUAGAGAUAAUGUGAUUUAGUCAUCUCAAGUGAACAUGUAGCUGCCCUCAGAUUUUCCCUCUGGUGGUGAAAGGCAUAGACAGACUGUAGCAGGUUAUUUUGAUUUUAGGACUGCACACCCUCUAGAAGUGCCUACUUUCUUGCACUGAGUAUGAAGAGAACCUUUGAUAAGUACUUUUCUUGUACCAGAUGUGCCAGUUAUUGCUUUCAGAGAAAAAUACACUUCAUUUUGAUUUUCUUUGCUUUUAACUUACGAGAAGCUCUAACUUUUUCCUAGUAUUGCACUGGUCCUAUCAUUCCAGUCUACCAAUAAAAGCAUCUAGGAUGAUUUUAAAACUUCCAAAAGUUACAUAAAUGAAAUAAAAGGUACAUCACAUGGUUUAAUUACAGGUCCCAAUCAGUAAUCUCCCUCCCCUGGUUCUCUUAUGGGUCAGCCCAGCCAAAUAUGAAAACCUUCCAAAUGCACUAAGGGAAAGCCAGAAACCUCUUAGGUGGCUCAGUUUCAUGUGUUUUGUCUUUUUCAAUUUUUGUUUUCUUACAUCUAAGUAUCACUACUUAAAAAGUUGUUUUUUCAUAGACUGGUAUAAAACUUGUCAGAGUUUGUUUCCUCCUGAUGGUUGAACGGGUUCAUCAAAAUCUCAAGAAAACUGAAUGUUUAAUGACCAAAUAUGUGUGUGUGCUGGAUAUCAAUUUCUACACUUCUCUGUCAUGAAGGCCAGUCAAAAAUUUCUAUGAUUUUUGUUUUAAAUACUAUUAGUAUCCUGAGUCAAAGCUAGAUACCUGUGUUUCCAAACCAACUCUGUUUCUCUAAUAUUUUCACCUACAGAAAUAUUUUUAUUUUUCUGACUGCUUAGAAGUCAGAGUCAAUUAUGAGCAAAAAAUCACCGAGUUGACCAAAUGUUACUUUUGAACUUGACAGCUCGUUAUAUUUUCUUUGGAAUAUCAAUAUAUCCAUCAUGCUUUCACCUCAGUGUAAACUUCCCAAGAAAUUCCCCCUUUUCUCUGGUGCUCAUUGCUCAGUGCUCUGCAGGGAGAACCCAGAGCUUUGGGGUGGCUUCAGUGCAAGGUGGGGCUGAACAAAAAGAAAACUUCUUGAUUUAUUGCCAGUUUGAGAUGUCAGUGAUCCCAUGGCUGCUAGGGCUGCCUCUCAGAUGAGCUGCUUGCACCCAGUGCUGUGUUGCCAAUUAUUGUGGAAUUCUUCUGGAUUUGUGUGUCUACCAAAGCUCCCUCCCACCCGACCUCAAACACCCCUGAGAGCAAGAGAGGCACUGCAGGAACUUUGGGGGAUUUAAAUCCUCCUGAGUUCAAUGAGUGGGGGACUUCUGAAGGGCAGUAGGGGGCUGUCAGGAACAAAGCUGGUUUGUGAUGUAAAUAGAAUUAUAUUUUUAACAUGAACUGUAAUGCUGCAGGGUUUUUUUGUGUUACACUUUUCUGGUGAUUUCCCAUUUUACCACAAAACAUAUAUUUAUGGUGUAUCCUGGUCUUACAUAUUAUUUGUAAAAUCUUUUUAACAAAUGAUUUGAAUAUAUAUUUUUGCUUUCAUAUUGAAUUACUGAGCACUGUUCCUUUUAUGUCUUAUUUAUCUAUUUCUAAAAUAAAUUUGGUUUGACGAUUA